CAGACUGACAACUGCGACACAGACGACUCUCACCUCUGUGUCACCUAUGAGAUAGGUGUAAGUCAGCUGGGGCGGCAGGAAGCUCAGGAAGGAAUGAAUCUUCUGCCUCAUGGUGGAGUCACCUACAAAAGCCACCCAAGUGGUGGCACCUCUGGCUCUCCUGGCGGCGGUACACGCCUCCAACUCCCCUGCCUCGUAUUGCUUCACCUGCAAGCAACACAGGCUAAGGGAUGGACCACCUCAGGAUGUCUUCUUCAUAGCUGAUGUUCUGACAACAUUUUUACCUCCCCACAGCUUCUGCUGUCUCCAUGUUUUAGUCAUCUCUGCAGUUAACUGACCUUUUAUACUUUAUUAAAAUAUAAUUAUAUAGUACCAAAGAAUAUUAAUUUUGACUUUACGUCUUGCACACUUUUUGAAUGAUAGUUAAAUCUUCAUUUAUUUCACAUUUCGAUAAGGUAUUAUGCAGUCAGGGUGAAAGAUUUCUUGUUUUUACUACAUCAUUGUUUAUAUAGCAAGUAGAGACCAAGAUGUUUGAGGACCAGAGUAUAUCCAAACAAAUUAAUAUGUAAAUUUUUGUGUAAAACACGCACAUAGGAAGCAUUGGGAAACUUUUUAUUAGAAUAAGUUUUGCUCCUGGCGAUUGAAAUGUGUCUAAUGAUAAACUCCUAACAGAUAAGAGUGCAUUUGUUUUUGUUUUCAGAAUAAAGGAUCGCAGACUAGCGGGGCAACCAGCAGACUCACUCGGCAGGGAAUGAAGGGUACUGAGCCAUUCAGGAGGUCGAGUCGUGUCCCUGGGUAGAUGGAAGCUGGCUGGCUAUCGUUAGCGCUCCGCCUCACCGGAGACUCCACAAAUAGUGAUGAUACACAACAGAGUAAAAUACAAGAGGGUGUGAUACAAUGAAGGAGAUGGAUAAUGAGAGUGAGUCAGCAACCAUUGUAAGGAAAACUGGCUGCUACGUCAAAAGAGGAGUUGCAGUACUGUUUGUGUUUCUGUUCGUGAGCGCAACGGUGGCCGCGGGUGUCCUGGCUUACAGUUUCUCCAAGACCACAUCCGAGUUGGGCUUCCGGGACUCUGCUUAUUAUGUGCCUCUUGGAUCCAUUAGUGAUCUCCCGGUAUCCAUAUUAAAUGCAAGAGAGAAAGAGGAAGUUGAUAUUCGACUCCCCAAGACCCUCAAGCCUCUUCACUAUGUGGUAAAACUUCAGCCUCUUAUCAAUGGCAACUUCAGCAUCAUGGGCUAUGUUGAGGUGGAGAUAGAAGUUAUUGAACCCACCUCCAACAUUACCCUCCACAUUGCUGACAUUAUCACCAAGAAUGAGACCAUCAAAGUGGUGCCUUCUGACAACGUGGAUGGUCCUGGAGUUGAGGUGAAGCAGAACCUCUACGAUAACGACCGCAAUUUCUAUAUUGGUGUGUUAGGGGAGGAGCUGGAACUUGACAAGAAGUAUAUUCUCUCUAUGGAGUUCGUCGGUUACCUUAAUGAUCAACUCAAAGGAUUUUAUAGAUCCACAUACACUGACGAAGACGGUAACAAGAGGUUGCUAGCGUCGACUCAGUUUGAGCCAACUGAUGCCAGGAGAGCCUUUCCAUGUUUUGAUGAACCUGCUAUGAAAGCUACCUUCGAAAUCUUCCUCGCCAGAGAAACGUCAAUGUCUUCAAUUUCAAACAUGCCAAAAUUUGAAACCUUUCCAUUUGAGGGUGAGGAUGGGUGGGUGUGGGACCAUUUCAACACAAGUGUGCCAAUGUCCACUUACUUGGUCGCCUUCGUCGUUUCCGACUUCACUCAUGCUGAUUCUAAUGCCAACGAUCAUGUUCUCUUCAGAGUGUGGGCUCGUGAGGGUGCCAUUCAGCAGACAGAUUAUGCCCUCAGGACAGGUCCUGAAGCCCUGACGUUCUACGAGGAGGAAUACUUCAACAUUCCGUUCCCACUCCCCAAGCAAGACAUGAUAGCCAUUCCUGACUUCUCAGCUGGCGCCAUGGAAAACUGGGGACUCAUCACUUACAGGGAGUCACGUUUGCUGUACGACCCAGCAGUGUCGUCUGCUUCUGAUGAGCAGGGAGUGAUGGUCGCGGUGACUCACGAGUUGGCUCACCAGUGGUUCGGCAACCUUGUCACCCCAGACUGGUGGACAGAUAUUUGGCUCAAUGAGGGAUUUGCUUCUUUCAUGGAAAAUACCUGCAGCGAUCAUCUUGAGCCCACCUGGAAGAUGUGGGAACAGUUUGUGUCUAGUGAUUUACAAGAUGUGCUGGAGAUGGACAGCCUCGAGUCCUCACACCCCAUCAGUAUCCCCGUUGGAAGACCUGAAGAGAUUAACCAGAUUUUUGACGACAUCUCCUACAAUAAAGGUGCGUCUGUUAUUCGCAUGAUGAACUACUUCCUGACUGAGACAACUUUCAGGAAAGGCAUCACAAACUACCUCAAUGGCCAGGCGUAUUCCAACGCUGAUCAAGACGACCUGUGGCAGUACCUGACAGACGCUGCUCAUGAAGACGCCACACUGCCACCAGACAUGACAGUCAAGGAAGUCAUGGACACCUGGACGCUGCAGAUGGGUUACCCUGUCAUCAAGGUUGUGAGGAGCUCAGACGGCACCUCGGCAACCCUCACUCAGGAACGAUUUUUGCUAGUAAAGAACGAGAACUCGUCAGACACCCAUGACUACAAGUGGUGGGUUCCACUAACAUACACGAGUCAAGAUAACACUAAUUUUAAUAACACUCAACCACAAGUAUGGAUGAAGGAUUCUGAGGCAGAGAUAACAGUCUCUUCACUGCCUGAGAAGGACCAGUGGAUCAUCUUCAACAUACAGGAGACAGGUUAUUAUAAAGUGAACUAUGACGACGACAACUGGAACUUGCUCAUUCAGCAGCUGAACAACGACCACCAAGUUAUCCAUGUGAUAAACCGUGCUCAGAUCAUCGACGACGCCAUGGAUUUUGCACAAGCCGGUCAGUUAUCGUACAACAUUGCUCUGAGUGUGAAUGAAUACUUGAAAAGUGAGGAGGAAUUUAUAGCUUGGAACACAGCCUUACUCAACCUGGAAUACUUGGAGAUGAUGUUCUCUCGUAAGGGAGGUUAUGGAGCUCUCAAGAGGUACUUGCUGGACCUCCUGAUUCCACUGUACGACUCUGUUGGCUUCGAGGACAACCCCAGUGACCCUCACUUGGAGAAGUACAAACGGGUGUUGGCCUUGUCCAAUGCCUGCCAUUUAGACUACCAAGACUGUGUUCAGAAUUCCGUCUCUCUCUUCCAAAAAUGGAUGCAGAACCCGAACAAUAACAGUAUCGUGUCGCCCAACCUGAAGAGCACAGUGUACUGCACCGCUAUUGCUGCUGGUGGUGAGGAGGAGUGGAACUUUGGCUGGAACCAGUACCUCGCCUCCAACGUUGCCUCUGAGAAAACAACUCUGCUGUAUGCUCUGGGAUGUACCAAGGAACUUUGGAUCUUGUCUCGGUACCUGGACAUGAUGUUCGAUGAAGAGAGCGGCAUCAGGAGGCAAGACGUGAGAUACACUUUCGCCUCCGUGGCUGAGAAUGACGUGGGUCGCGAUUUGGCCUGGUAUUAUAUCAGGGACCAGUGGGACAUGAUGUCUGCUUACCUGCGUUCUUUCACCACGUUGGGUGAUCUUCUCCUCACAGUUACUAACGACUUCAACACUCGUGAGGAGAAGCACGAGUUGGAGGUGUUUAAGAUGGACCACGCAGAUGCCUUGGAAACCGCUGAGCUAGCCGUUGAUCAGGCCAUUGAAAGAACUGGCAACAACAUUGCCUGGAUGGACCACAACUAUGACACCAUUGUUGAGUGGCUCAAUGAUCAUGGCUACGCUUCUCAGCUCAGCCGCCACAGGAGAGGGUGUGAUACAAUGAAGAUGGAUAAUGAGAGUGAGUCAGCAACCAUCGUAGGGAACACUGGCUGCUACGUCAAAAGACAAGUUGCAAUACUGUUUGGGUUGCUGUUCGUGAGCGCAACGGUGGCCGCCUCUGAUUACUCUGUGCCUCUUGGAUCCACAAGGGAUCUCCCGGUAUCCAUCUUUGCAAGAGAGAAAGAGGAAGUUGAUAUUCGACUCCCCAAGACCCUCAAGCCUCUUCACUAUGUGGUAAAGCUUCAGCCUUUUAUCAAUGGCAACUUCAGCAUCAUGGGCUAUGUUGAGGUGGAGAUAGAAGUUAUUGAACCCACCUCCAACAUUACCCUCCACAUUGCUGACAUUAUCACCAAGAAUGAGACCAUCAAAGUGGUGCCUUCUGACAACGUGGAUGGUCCUGGAGUGGAGGUGAAGCAGAACCUCUACGAUAACGACCGCAAUUUCUAUAUUGGUGUGUUAGGGGAGGAGCUGGAACUUGGCAAGAAGUAUAUUCUCUCUAUGGAGUUCGUCGGUUACCUUAAUGAUGAACUCAGAGGAUUUUAUAGAUCCACAUACACUGACGAAGACGGUAACAAGAGUUUGCUAGCGUCGACUCAGUUUGAGCCAACUGAUGCCAGGAGAGCCUUUCCAUGUUUUGAUGAACCUGCUAUGAAAGCUACCUUUGAAAUCUUCCUCGCCAGAGAAACGUCAAUGUCUUCAAUUUCAAACAUGCCAAAAUUUGAAACCUUUCCAUUUGAGGGUGAGGAUGGGUGGGUGUGGGACCAUUUCAACACAAGUGUGCCAAUGUCCACUUACUUGGUCGCCUUCGUCGUUUCCGACUUCACUCAUGCUGAUUCUAAUGCCAACGAUCAUGUUCUCUUCAGAGUGUGGGCUCGUGAAGGUGCCAUUCAGCAGGCAGAUUACGCCCUUAGGACAGGUCCUGAAGCCCUGACGUUCUACGAGGAGGAAUACUUCAACAUUCCGUUCCCACUCCCCAAGCAAGACAUGAUAGCCAUUCCUGACUUCUCAGGUGGCGGCAUGGAAAACUGGGGACUCAUCACUUACAGUGAGUCAGGUUUCCUGUACGACCCAGCAGUGUCGUCUGCUUCUGAUGAGCAGCGAGUGAUGAUCUUGGUAACUCACGAGUUGGCUCACCAGUGGUUUGGCAACCUUGUCACCCCAGACUGGUGGACAGAUAUUUGGCUCAAUGAGGGAUUUGCUUCUUUCAUGGAAAAUAUUUGCAGCGAUCACCUUGAGCCCACCUGGAAGAUGUGGGAGCAGUUUGUGUCUAAUGAUUUACAAGAUGUGCUGGAGAUGGACAGCCUCGAGUCCUCACACCCCAUCAGCAUCCCCGUUGGAAGACCUGAAGAGAUUAACCAGAUUUUUGACGGUAUCUCCUACUCUAAAGGUGCGUCUGUUAUUCGCAUGAUGAACUACUUCCUAACUGAGACAACUUUCAGGAAAGGAGUCACAAACUACCUCAAUGGCCAGGCGUAUUCCAACGCUGAUCAAGACGACCUGUGGCAGUACCUGACAGACGCUGCUCAUGAAGACGCCACACUGCCACCAGACAUGACAGUCAAGGAAGUCAUGGACACCUGGACGCUGCAGAUGGGUUACCCUGUUAUCAAGGUUGUGAGGAGCUCAGACGGCACCUCGGCAACCCUCACUCAGGAACGAUUUUUGCUAGUAAAGAACGAGAACUCGUCAGACACCCAUGACUACAAGUGGUGGGUUCCACUAACAUACACGAGUCAAGAUAACCCUAAUUUUAAUAAUACUCAAACCCAAGUAUGGAUGAAGGAUUCUGAGAAAGAGAUAACAGUCUCUUCACUGCCUGAGAAGGACCAGUGGGUCAUCUUCAACGUACAGGAGAUAGGUUAUUAUAGAGUGAACUAUGACGACGACAACUGGAACUUGCUCAUUCAGCAGCUGAACAACGACCACCAAGUUAUCCAUGUGAUAAACCGUGCUCAGAUCAUCGACGACGCCAUGGAUUUUGCACAAGCCGGUCAGUUAUCGUACAACAUUGCUCUGAGUGUGAAUGAAUACUUGAAAAGUGAGGAGGAAUUUAUAGCUUGGAACACAGCCUUACUCAACCUGGAAUACUUGGAGAUGAUGUUCUCUCGUAAGGGAGGUUAUGGAGCUCUCAAGAGGUAUUUGCUGGACCUCCUGAUUCCACUGUACGACUCUGUUGGCUUCGAGGACAACCCCAGUGACCCUCACUUGGAGAAGUACAAACGGGUGUUGGCCUUGUCCAAUACCUGCCAUUUAGACUACCAAGACUGUGUUCAGAAUUCUGUCUCUCUCUUCCAAAAAUGGAUGCAGAACCCGAACAAUAACAGCAUCGUGUCGCCCAACCUGAAGAGCACAGUGUACUGCACCGCUAUUGCUGCUGGUGGUGAGGAGGAGUGGAACUUUGGCUGGAACCAGUACCUCGCCUCCAACGUUGGCUCUGAGAAAACAACUCUGCUGUAUGCUCUGGGAUGCACCAAGGAACUUUGGAUCUUGUCUCGGUACUUGGACAUGAUGUUCGAUGAAGCGAGCGGCAUCAGGAGGCAAGACGUCGGAUACACUUUCUCCUCCGUGGCUGAGAACGACGUGGGUCGCGACUUAGCCUGGUAUUACCUCAGGGACCAGUGGGAGAUAAUCUCUACUUACUUGGGUACCUUCACCACGUUGGGUGAUCUUCUCCUCACAGUCACCAAAGAGUUCAACACGCGUGAGAAGAAGCACGAGUUGGAGGUGUUUAAGAUGGACCACGCAGAUGCCUUGGAAACCGCUGAGCUAGCCGUUGAUCAGGCCAUUGAAAGAACUGGCAACAACAUUGCCUGGAUGGACCACAACUAUGACGCCAUUGUUGAGUGGCUCAAUGUUCAUGGCUACGCUUCUCAGCUCAGCCGCCACUGACCUCAGCGCUACUGACCUCAGCGCUACUGACCUCAGCGCUACUGACCUCAGCGCUACUGACCAGUGUCACGAGUGGGACUCCCUGUAAUUCUUGCUCUUAGUAGCCAUAUAAACGAUUUGUCUUUUAUAGUAAUUUCACAGAGCGUACACUCACAGACAGAGACACACAGACACAGAUACAGACACACACACACGCACACACACACACACACACACACACACACACACACACUCACACACACACACACACACACACACACACACACACACACACACACACA